AUGGAUCGGAGGAUCACCUCAUCUGAUGACGCAGCUCAACAAGAUCUAGUAUCAGAAAUUCGCGGUGAGAUCAAAAUCCUUAACUCUGCUUUUUCAUCGAACGAAGCAGAUCAGAAUUUUAGCUGGUUCAAUUGCGGUGUGCUUAUAAUUCUGCAAAAUCAAAGAAAAAGUUCACCCUUUGGGGAAGCUCAUGGAGACACAGGGAUUCAUUACUCUUGCUUUUUGAUGUGCUCAGCCUUUGUUGUCCUUGGUCUUCAAAAGUUUAUGGAUGCGCCAUUUAAGACUAGCUGGCAUGCAGUGAUUGGAGUUGUUGUACUGAUUUGCAGGGAAUCUUUGUUGUAUAUAUUAGUCAACCACCUUGUUCUUCCAGAUAUCAAAACUGCUGAGUCAUGUUUCUCAUACUCCACCUGUAAGAGUAAGAACUGGUGGUUUUCAAGAUCCAGUCAUGUUCCUCAUACUCCACCUGUAAGAGUAAGAAUUAAUGGAGGGUCCAUAUCAUAUCCUGUUCAGACAACAAUAGGGUCCUCACCGAACCCCACAUCAUCUACUGGAUCUUUUGUAUAUGAUGUGGAAACGGAAACACCUGCCACAUUCUUUCAAGAUCGUCAUGGCUUUGGCUUUGACAACAGUGGAGCUUUAUCUGAUAUUCUAGAAGUUGAUGAUGCUGAUGUUGAUGAUAGAGUAGGUUUCUAUUUCUUUGCUUAA